AUGAAGCUGGGCCCCUGUGUCACCACAGCCGCCUACUGGCUGCCCCUGAUAUGGGCCGCGACCACAGCAGCCAGCCCCUCACUGGAGAAACAGCAGCAGCCAUACUCGACAUGGAUGGCCGACAGCACGAUCACACGGGGCGUCGAGGCAACCCGGUGGUACACCGAGGCGACCUUCUACCGGGGGGUCGAGGCGGCGCAUAACGCGUCGGGGGACGCCCGGUACCUGUCCUUCCUGACCACGCAGAUCGACGGGAUCCUGCAGCGCAACGGGUCUUUCAGGGCGUACGACCUGACGGACCACCAGCUGGACAACAUGCGGAUCGGCGCGGCCAUCCUGUACCUGUACACGGCCGCCACCGAGCCCAGCGCCAAGGCAAGAUACCGCGUCGCGGCAGACUUUUUGUAUGACCAACUCGUGCACCACCAGAAGCGCACGGCGUCGGGCGGGUUCUGGCAUAAGGACCGCUACCCCAACCAGAUGUGGCUCGACGGGCUGUUCAUGGCGGGGCCAUUUUCGGCCGCGUACGUGGCGCUGCCGGGGCCCCCUUCAAACGUGACGGCGGCGUGGGACGACAUCGCGCUGCAGUUCGACCUGACCGAGACGCACUGCCGCGACGGCAGCUCGGGCAUGCUGCGCCACGGCUACGACGAGUCUCUGCGGGCACCGUGGGCCGACAAGGCCGACGGCAGCGGCGCGAGCCCGCACGUCUGGAUCCGCGCCCAGGGCUGGUAUCUAAUGGCGCUCGCCGACGUGCUGGACUGGUUUCCGCUGCAGCACGCUGCGCGCCCGCGGCUACUAGGAUAUCUACAGACGCUGGCGCGCGCCGUGGUGAGGGCGCAGGAGGCGGCGUCGGGCGGCUGGUGGCUGGUCAUGGACGGCGAUAGCCCCGGCCGCAAGGGCAACUACAUAGAGAGCAGCGGGACCGCCAUGUAUGUGUAUGGCCUGCUGAAGGCGGUCAGGAAGGGGUACCAUGCGGACGCGGCAGAAGGGGCGGCGUUUGUUGCGGCAGCGCGACGGGCGUAUGCCCUCAUGACGGACAGGUUCGUUGCGAGGAACGGCACCAAUGGCGGCAUCAACUGGGAGGGUACCGUCAGAGUGGGCAGCUUGGACACCACGGGCGAUUUCAAGUACUACACGAGUAUCCCUAUCGUCGAGAACUCGCUGAUCGGCAUCGGGCCGUUUAUUCUGGCCAGCGUCGAGAUGGAGCAGCUGCCUUCUUCGUGA